AUGGAAAGGUUACAAAGACUAAUGAUGAACAGCAAGCCUGGCAUGACAGAUGCUAAUAGGGAUGACACAAAGGAAACAGUGUACAUCUCUUCCAUAGCAUUACUAAAAAUGUUGAAACAUGGUAGAGCAGGUGUUCCUAUGGAAGUCAUGGGCCUAAUGCUGGGUGAAUUUGUAGACGAUUAUACUGUAAACGUGGUAGAUGUCUUUGCGAUGCCUCAGUCUGGUACAGGUGUUUCAGUUGAGGCUGUGGACGACGUUUUUCAAGCGAAAAUGAUGGACAUGUUGAAGCAAACGGGCAGGGAUCAGAUGGUUGUAGGAUGGUACCAUUCACAUCCUGGGUUUGGAUGCUGGUUGUCUUCCGUUGAUGUUAAUACCCAGAAGUCCUUUGAGCAAUUGAAUAGCAGGGCUGUUGCCGUAGUCGUAGAUCCAAUCCAAUCUGUAAAAGGUAAGGUAGUCAUUGAUGCAUUCAGAUUAAUUGAUACAGGUGCCUUGAUAAAUAAUCAAGAACCAAGGCAAACCACUUCGAACGCAGGUCUUUUGAACAAGGCCAACAUUCAAGCUUUGAUACAUGGACUGAAUAGACAUUACUAUUCGUUGAAUAUAGACUAUCAUAAAACACCGACAGAGACCAAGAUGUUGAUGAAUCUACAUAAAGAACAAUGGCAAUCGGGUCUGAAGAUGUAUGACUAUAAGGAAAAAGAGACAAAUAAUUUGGAAGCAACCCAAAAAUUAGUCAAAAUAGCAGAGCAGUACUCUAAAAGAGUGGAGGAAGAAAGAGAACUUUCGGAAGAAGAGCUGAAGACCCGUUAUGUAGGAAAACAGGACCCGAAAAAGCAUUUGGCACUUACUUCAGAUGUCCUUCUAGAAAACAAUAUCAUUUCAGUACUUACUGCCGGAGUUAAUUCUGUUGCGAUUUGA